UUGAUAGGCAAUCAUUUUUGUGUGCACACGAACUGUUGGCAAAAGUAAUGUAGGCAAACAAUACUGGUUACAUUAUUAUAUGUAGGGGAGACCGGGGUAAACCUCAAUCAAAAUUCGAGUUCUCGACGAGUGCGAGUGGACAUGCCAGCGAGGAGCGGCUAUUGAUCCCCCGUGUACCCGUACUUCCCGUCCACGUUCGUAAGUGCGUGCCAGUGCGGUGAUAUGUCCAGGAGGAAGCAGGCAAAACCUCGAUCUCUCAAACGGGACGAAGAGUGGGACGACGAUAACGAGCAGAAUGUCCUGGAGGCGGCCGAACAGGAUAACGAAACGACGACGAUUAAGCAGGAUGAUGAGGAAGAGGAGGAAGAAGAGGAGCUACAACGAGCGUUUAGCCGUCAGUCAGAAGAUUAUUUGCAAGAUGGCAGGUCAACUUCCAUCCAAGGCCCUGAUCUAGAAAAUCAGAAUAGCCUUGACAGCGAGGCCUUAGGAACUGGAAGUUCCUCGUGGCACAGCGAGGAUGGCGGGCCCAACUCGCGUCGCGGCGGCGAGACACCGUCCUCCUGCGCGACGCCGACAUCGGCCAGCUUUCCGUCGGAACCCGAGGUUGAUGUCGACGUCAGCGUCAAUCCCGACGGCAAUAACCCCGCUGCUCCGUACCCCUGCCAGUUCUGCGAUAGAACGUUCCCGCGGCUCAGCUACCUGAAAAAACAUGAACAGAGUCACGGCGAUCAGAUGCCAUAUCGAUGCAGUUGGUGCAACAGACUAUUCAAACACAAGCGCAGCCGCGAUCGUCACGUGAAGUUACACACCGGAGACAGGCGAUAUCGCUGCUCAAAAUGUGAAGCCGCCUUCUCCAGAAGCGAUCACCUGAAAAUCCACUUGAAGACACACGACACCCAAAGGCCUUACCAAUGCACGGCUUGCACGAGAGGCUAUAGCUCAGCCGCUGCCUUGACAUCGCACAUGCAAUCUCACAAGAAGCAUCACCAGUCAUCGUCUUCUCAAUCAGCUGGCAAGGACGUCGAUUACGGUAGGAGAAGUGUCUCCUCGCACAGCACGUCAUCACCGCCGGUACCGUCGUCGCCGUCGCCGUCGUUGAAUCUCAGUCUGAAUUCGAGGAAUGUCCUGAAGACGUCGCAGGGUACUGGUAGUACUUCUACUACACCGAUUCUCAACUCACCCCUGAAACUCGCUUGCAUGUACUGCACCCGAGAUUCGUUCAGCUGCAUGCAGCAGCUGCAGAUGCACGUACGCACGAUGCAUCAGGCAAUCCUUAGCGGCGCGGAGAGUUUGGCGCGACCACCGUCGCCGAGCAGAACGUCGAACGAGCAGCAAACAGUGUUCUGCUCGCGCGACAAGUCCGAUCGUCAGGACGGCUCAAAGGACCCACGCUCAGAUCGGAAAUACCCACCCGAGGAAAGAGCCGAUAGGCCUGCAGGCGAACGAGACCACUACGAGAACGCGUUUACCUGCGACCAAUGUACUAUGAAAUUCUCCACUCUGGCCUGCUUGCGCGAUCAUUCGCUGUCGAUACACCGAGUGGACAGUGGUUUCAGCGCGACAAUGGUGAUAUGCCCGUUGUGUGGUAUUCCGUGCACUUCAACAGCAGCCUAUGCCGAGCACUAUGUUCUCCAACACUGCGAAAAUCGUCGCCCUGCGCAGACAACUAGUAUAGAUUAUAGUGAAACGAAACUGAACGGCGUUUACAACAGUACCCCAGCGAGAGACUCCAGAAUGCCGAGAAGCAGAGAUACCCCGGAAGCCGCUGAUCUCACAAAUAAACGUCCGACCCGGUCAUCCGCGGACGCCGCUGGUAGCUAUACCGCUGACACUCUGUUAUGCGGCCAAUGCGACGCCGCACUGAAGGAUUUCGAAUCCUUUCGCGAACACGUGGCUAGGCACCUGCAGGCCGACCACCGUAAUCAGGAGAUGUCCAACAGGCAACAUUUGUGCCCCAAGUGCGAGACGGUUUUCCCGUCUCGUGAAGACAUGCUGGCCCAUCUGACCAAGCAUUACCUAGGACAGAUCAGCAAAGAAUUCGUAUGCGGCGCCUGUAAGAAGUUCUACCCGCAUCCAGAUCAGCUUCAAAGACACUUGCUGGAAGCUCAUGCGCAUCAUCUGUACCGUUGCGCUCUGUGUCGGGACACGUUCGACUCCAAGGUAGCGAUACAGGUGCACUUUGCAGUCAAGCACAGCCAAGAGUGUCGGAUCUAUCGAUGUAGUGUAUGUACGUUGUCCAACAACGAAAACUCGCCACCGGGAACAAACGCGGCUCACGGCGACAACAGGAGCUUCUUUAGAAGCGAAGCCGAGAUGGCGGCCCAUGUGCGUAACGUGCAUGCGCCUCCUCCCGUCGUUCCCUCCUUAACGAACAAUAGUCCUAUCAGAGCAACAACAAGAAGUCCAGCUUCGACGCCUGGUAUUAUCACAACGCGCUGCGUCUUUUGCGGAACCUGCUGCAGUUCAGAACUUGAACUUCAGCUUCACCUGGCCAGUCACUCGGCCAGUCUUUAUAGAUGUCCCAUUUGUAGAGAAGGUUUCGCGGUGGAGUUCCUGUUGGAUCGACAUGUCGCUCAGGUUCAUCAUCAGACAACGCAAGAUCACCAAGUGCCGUCAGUUAGAAACAGGGAGAACGGACGCGUUCAUCGACCGACCAGAAAUCAGGAUGAAACAAAAUCUCUGAAGAGGGGCCGUUCACCAGCUUCAAGCAACAAUAACUCCCUGAAUCAGCGCGACAAUAACAACAAACGUUCGAAUUAUGGUACUUCCGGUCAGCAAUGCGAACUCUGCGAACGCGGUGAAUUCGCAAACGAGGCCGAGCUGCAAGCACAUAAAAAACUAGCUCAUACGCCCCCCAAGCUAUCCAACAAGGCUCUAUCUACCUUGAGCAUGACGUGUGGAUAUUGUGGCGAAGUUUGUCGCUCGCGAAACGAGCUGGAAUCUCACACGAGGAUUCAACACGCAUCUAACGAGUCCAGUGGACGUCACAAAUGCAAUAUCUGCGACGAAGUAUGCCCGUCCGGCGCGAAUCUGGCCGAGCACAAGCUCCAGAAGCAUUGCAAGAUCCAGCUGAGCGACACGUGCGUGGUGUGUCGUGGUUGUCUCACGUCGGAAAGUCAGUUUCUGGACCACGUGCAGAGACACAGCCUGGAUAAUGUGGAUCCGCAACAACGACUGGACAAUACGUUGCCUCAUCUGCCCGCUCCAUGCGUUGUUUGUCGGCAGACCUUGAUCAGCGAUUUGGAAUGUCGUCUGCACGCGCGGCAUCACCUACGAACGUCCUCAAGUUUGCGCAGUGCCGGUUCCAGCCCGACUAGUCCUGGUGGUGAUAAAGGUCAAAAUCAAGGUUGCUGUCUCUGCUUGCGCGACUUUGCAGCCGAGGACUUUGUCAAUCUACCACCCAAUCCUGCCAGUACAAGCGGACAGCUGCUCAGAGUCUGUAAACCGUGUUACAUGCGACACUCUCAGGGACUGCCUAUUCUGAACUCGACGACCUAUGAACAUAGGGCGAAAUACGAGACGACUUGGCUCGCGAGCAAGGACGGCCAGUGGGACGAAACUAAGGAUAAGUGGGAGCACGAGAGAGGACUCAAAGUAGAGGACCGAUCCAGGAACGGAGGAAACGCGAAUAAGAAAAGGUGCGAAGAUUGCGGGGUGAAGUUUGAAGAUUUCGAAGAAGCAGAGAAGCACAGGAUCACCGAUCACGAAAAAGCUGUCAGCGGUGGCUCGAAUACCUACACCUGCAUACAGUGUCAAGUGUCAUUUUCAACUGAAGCCAAGAUUCAGCAACACGUGAGGAAAAAACAUUUGGAGGCAUCCGGAAAAGCUUCCUUGGAGGCUUUACGUUGUCACUUGUGCUUAUUCGAGGCCGCCAGUCCUAUGCAGCUACAAAUUCACUUAAUAGAGCACACUUUCGCCGGUUGUGCCGCUCUUAGCUGUUACAUCUGCCAGUCGCUCUUCACAACUCCCAUUGGUCUUCAGAAUCAUAUGCUGCAAGAACACGGACUAGACGCGAGACCGUACGAUUGCUCCAAGUGCACACUCAAAUUCUUCUUCAGCGCGGAACUGGAUCACCACGUACUGACCUUUCACCGUCCGGGAGAAGAGAUCCACCCUUCGUCAGUCGAGAGCGCUCAUGAGACCAAGACUCGCGAGCCGAAGAAGCGCAACGACGAUGUAACGGUGAAGGAGGAAGUAGUGCAAGGCGGUAAGGAAAAGGAGGAAGAGGAGGAGGAGGAAGUGGACGUGGAUCAGGUGGGGCAUCACGAAGAGGCUGAACGAAAUGAACAGAAACUGAAGAUAGAAGUAGACAACGAGGCGACAUCCGGCAGGAUGGAAUCGUGACUUUCUUCAGUCAGCGUUACAUUUCGUUCCAUUUUAGGAUUAAUUGAUUAUUAAUAAUUGAUUAUUCAAUUAUUAAGUUUGCUACCAUCAUUUUAAGCCUCAUUUACAAUAAUCGCGCAGGCUUCGUCGUAUAUUGUGAGUAGUAAUGCCGCAGGAAAAUUUAUCACAUGUCAUGAAAAUGUCGCUAGAUGAGUAUGUUCGACAGCAAAAAAAUACACAAAAAACCAACUAGCAACACAGGAAAUUGUCAAUGAUCGUUGACAAACUUCUGCCGCCAAACUAGCUGUGUUUUGAUUGGCUGAGUUUAUGCGAUAUGCUUGUCACAGUCGCAAAAAAUUGAAAUUGGCUCAAUUCUAUACAAUAUGAAUUUUUGCAACUCGCAAUCGUAUAAUUAGAAAAAAAACAGCACUUCUCCAAAAUUCUCAUACGACAGUCUGUACGGCUAUUGUAAACGAGGCUUUAAAAGACGGAUAUUCUUUACAACGAAGUCUCGUAAAUAUCGACUUGC